CAAUGAGCGAUAAUAGUUUCCUGAUCAGUAUCGUAUCAUGAACGAAUACUGUGUAAUUUGUAAAGUAGAUGUCACUAGUUUCACCUGACCACUUUUAAGCGCGAGGACUCGUGGUUAUGAUACUCAGGAUUUGUUUUCUUAUUUAUAAUUAAAAUAUGUCAUUAAUUAGUUAUAUAUCAUUUAUAAUUUUUUUUUGUAUCGCUUAUUGUGAGGAACAAUAUUGUCCUAUCGAUAAUGUUGAAGGUUGCACUACUAAAAAAGAAACUAAUAACUAUAAAAAAGGUUCAGAUGCACAAUACGAUAAAUACCAUCAUAUAAUUGAAGAAACAAAUGAAAAUUAUCAAUCUUGCAAUAAUACUAACAAUGUAUGUUUUAAACAUGUUAUUAUACAUGAUUUGAAACCUUUUAAAGAAAAAGGUAUAAACAAAAAUUUAAUAGAUGCUGCAAAAGCUAGAGGAACAUUUUAUCAAAUAGUAGAGGGAAAGGUAUAUAGGCAGAAAGAUUGUAUGUUUCCAUCAAGAUGUGGUGGAGUAGAGCACUUUCUUUUAAAAUUAGCUCCUAAAUUACCAGAUAUGGAUUUAGUCAUAAAUGUGAGAGAUUAUCCUCAAUCAAACAAAUAUUUUGGUGGCCCACUACCUGUGUUUUCGUUCAGUAAGACACCACAAUAUUAUGACAUUACAUAUCCAGCAUGGUCAUUUUGGGAAGGUGGUCCUGCAAUUUCUUUAUAUCCCCGCGGCCUUGGAAGAUGGGAUGAACACCGUGUAUCUUUAGACAAAGCCAGUAGAAGUAUACCAUGGGAAAAGAAAGAGAAUAAAGCAUUUUUCAGAGGUUCUAGAACGAGUUCAGAGCGUGAUAAUUUGGUGCUAUUAAGCCGCAAAAAACCUGAUUUAAUAGAUGCUCAGUAUACAAAAAAUCAAGCAUGGAAGUCUGAUGAAGACACAUUGCAUGUACCUCCAGCUUCAGAAGUUUCUUUGGAAGCUCACUGUAAAUAUAAAUACUUAUUCAAUUACCGAGGUGUUGCAGCAUCAUUCAGGCACAAACAUUUAUUUUUGUGUAGAUCUCUAGUAUUUCAUGUUGGGGACGAAUGGACUGAAUUUUAUUACGAAGCAAUGAUUCCUUGGAUUCAUUACAUACCUGUUCCUAAAGAUGCUGAUCAAACAGUAUUAGAAGAGUUGAUACAAUUUGCAAUCGAUAAUGACGAAUUGUCAAAAAAGAUUGCCGACCAUGGACGGGAUUUUAUAUGGAAUAAUUUGAAGAUGACUGAUAUCACACAGUUCUGGAAAAAGCUUCUUGAAAGGUAUUCUAAACUUUUAACGUAUAAAGUUACCUUAGAUAAAACUUUAAUUAAAAUUGAAAAAAAGAAACGAUCUUAAUAAUUAGUACAUUUAUUUAAUAUAAAUAAUUUUA